GUGUUUUAUAAAUCUUAUAUUAUUUAUUAUGGCUUAUAGAAUUGUUUUAAAUUUUAUAAAAUUACUAAAAGUAAUUUACUAUGAAAAAGAUUUAUAUUGCCUGGUGGAAGGGGAGGAAGUGGGGUACCUUGGAUAGGAGCAUUUACAUUUUUGAAUAAGGAGCCCUAUAUUAUAUUUGACUUUAGGGCCCCCAGGUGUCUAGUUAAGCCACUGGUAUAGGUGUGUAAAACACGUCGAGUUAACGAUAAAACUCGGCGUCGUAUUUUUAAUAGGACUUAGGUUAUUUAAUAGUUAUAUCCGUAUAUUGAGUAUACACAUAAUAGAUCAACGAUGCAACAAAAACGGGAAAUUAGAAAUUCAAUUUUUACAACCUCCCUUGAGCACACGCGUAUUUAUAAUCUAUAUAUAGUACAUAACAAUAUACGCACGGUUGUGGUAUAAUAUUAAGAUAACGCCACAUCCGCAUAUUGUCUUUGUCCAUAGGCGCAAGUGUGAGGGCUUAAGAGUCCAACCCCCCCUAAAAAUGUUCAUAGACCUCCCAAACAUUUCCUACGUUUUGUUUUAAGCUUAUUCAAUAUUAUAAAAGUAAGGUUUUAGAACCCAAAAUCCCGAACGCUAUUUGCGCACUAUGUCUCUGUCUUACAAAGGUACAAUCUAGCAUGUUUUACGUUCACAAUAAUCUAUAGUUUAAUCGGUUAUUUUUAAAAUUAGAGUGAAUUGAUCCAUAAUACAAUUAAAAAGUAAGAUUACUAUCAAGAGAAUUUCGAAGGCUUUUAUUAAUAUUUUAAUUACGAAUCAAGUCAUAAACAUUUUAAAAUUGUACAUUUUUUUAUUAUAAGUUGCUUCAAAAUUAAAAUUAUCAACAAAGACCUCCAAAAUGCUCUAGAUAAAAAAUCGUACAUAUAUAUUUAAUAAUAUAUCAAUUCACUCUAACUUCAAAAAACAACAUAGUAAAAUGGAUGAUUGUUAACGUAAAACAAUUAUACGUAGUUGUACAUUUGUAAUACGGAAACAACACAUAUAGUUACGAUUGUGGCGAACUCUUAAUCGAAUUUGGCCGGCUGCCGACCAUUCAACCACCGAUCAAAAUAUGUCUGUCCACAGGCCCGAGGACAGAUCAAAUAUAGACACGUCGUCGCUGAUCCAGGCAACGUCCGCGAUUGCUGCAGGGCACGCAAUAUGGAAACCGUGGACAGCAUCAACGAUCGAUGCAACUAUACGAGACAGGUGCCGAACAACACGUGGGAAAACGACGUGGUGGACGCGCACUACUCGCACUUUCUGUACAUCACGUUCACGCCGGUGCUGAUAUCGCUGUGCGUGUUCUCGAUAAUAUUCAACGUGAUCCUGCUGCUGUCGGUGUUGUGGAUCCGGCGGCCGCUAUCGCCGACCCUGUACAUCAGCCUCAGCCUGGCCGGCACCGAUCUGUACACGUCGUUCCUGCUGGGCCUCAGCUUCACCGUCAACAGCCUGCUGCCCGAGGGCUUCCAGGUAUACCUGAUGGACACGUGCACCAGCCUGGGCCUGGAGGCGCUCCGGCUCGGGGCCAUAGUCACCACCGCGGGCCAUCUCAUCGUGUUGGCGUUCAACCACUACAUCGGCAUCCUGCGGCCGCUCCACUACCCGGCCACCGUAACGCACAGCACCGUCACCGUGUUCGUGUUCUUCCUGUGGACGCUACCGCCGUCGUUCCUGUUCGCCUACUUCAACAUGAUACCCUGCCAGGCGUUCCAAUCACCGCAGUGUCAGCUAUACGAUUUUUUAAAAGAAUCGAAAUUCAGAAGUACAUUUUCGGCUGUACUUUUUGCUGCUCUCGCCAUUAUGGGAAUAGUAUACUAUCAUAUAUUUAUACUGGUGAAAAAACAUCAAGCUUCUCGCCUCCUGUACAAACAGAGCGGCAGUGUGCAUUUCAAUAAACCAAAUCAAGUACGUAGACAAACGGAAUCGCAACAGAGUAAAAAUGAAAAGGCGCUGUACACGACGUUACUAAUUGUCGGAAGUGUUGUGGUUGGAUGGAUGCCAGCAUGUUUACAAUACUACCUGAUAUGUACUGAUUGUAUAAUUCAACCAAAUUGGGCCAGUUUCACUGUGAGGUUUUAUACAUACUUUGCAACUAAUUGUCUUGUAAUUCUUAAAUCAGCAGUAAAUUCAUAUAUUUACGCAGCAAGAAUGCAAGAAAUUCAGGUAGCAAUACGUAAAAUGUACUGUACUUUAAAACAAAAACUAUGCGGUGGCAACGAUGAAAUGGAUGUUGCUGGAUUUGAUCAAUACAAAUAUAGUAGAUCAUCAGCAAAAAGCAGAAGAACAGUAAUAUGCAGGAUAUCAGUUCAUCAAAAUAAAGAUGAAAACUUAACAGAAAUCAACCAGGAUAAUAUUGAUAAUGAUCAUGAAUUAACAAACUUUAGUAGUUGUCCUAAAAAAAAUGAAACACCUAACACAGUGACAUACCUUUAAAAAUUAUUAUUAUUCUAUGUCUAUGUACAUUUUUGUGUUUAUAACUUAUAUAAAUU